GUUCUGCUUUUUUAUGCUCUGUUUGGGAAGGCAGAUAAAAUGCCAGCUCUGGACCGCCUCUGGGGAUAACCUCACCCUGUGCAAUGUGAAUGAAUAGCAUCUUGCCUGGUAAAUUCACAGCAAUCGAUAAGGCAGGUGCAAUUCUUCCAAACAGGCCUUUUCUGUCUUUACCUCUAGCUGUGGCUUCUGUAGCAGUUUUGUUUUCGCUUUGAUAGAGGUGCUCUGGAUUAUCAGACCUCCAUGUAUGACAAUUUGUACCUGCAUGGAAUUGAAGACUCGGAGGCUGGUUCAGCGGAUUCCUACACGAGCAGGCCGUCUGACUCCGAUGUCUCUCUGGAAGAGGAUCGGGAAGCAAUUCGGCAAGAGAGAGAGCAGCAGGCGGCCAUCCAGCUUGAGAGAGCAAAGUCCAAACCUGUAGCAUUUGCUGUGAAGACGAAUGUGAGCUACUGUGGUGCCUUGGAUGAAGAUGUGCCUGUUCCAAGCACGGCCAUCUCCUUUGACGCCAAGGACUUUCUACACAUUAAAGAGAAAUAUAACAAUGAUUGGUGGAUAGGAAGGCUGGUGAAAGAAGGCUGUGAGAUUGGCUUCAUCCCAAGUCCGCUUAGAUUGGAGAACAUACGGAUUCAGCAAGAACAAAAAAGAGGACGUUUUCACGGAGGGAAAUCCAGUGGAAAUUCUUCUUCAAGUCUUGGAGAAAUGGUAUCAGGGACAUUUCGAGCAACCCCCACAUCAACAGCAAAACAGAAGCAAAAAGUGACGGAGCACAUCCCUCCCUACGAUGUUGUGCCAUCCAUGCGUCCGGUGGUGUUAGUGGGGCCGUCACUGAAGGGUUAUGAGGUCACAGACAUGAUGCAGAAAGCCCUCUUUGAUUUCCUGAAGCACAGGUUUGAUGGGAGGAUAUCAAUAACAAGAGUGACAGCUGACAUUUCUCUUGCUAAGAGGUCUGUCCUAAAUAAUCCCAGCAAGAGAGCAAUAAUUGAACGCUCAAACACUCGGUCCAGCUUAGCGGAAGUACAAAGUGAAAUUGAAAGAAUCUUUGAGUUGGCAAGAUCUUUGCAACUAGUUGUUCUUGAUGCAGACACCAUCAAUCACCCAGCACAACUUAUAAAGACUUCCUUAGCACCAAUUAUUGUUCAUGUAAAAGUCUCAUCUCCAAAGGUUUUACAGCGGUUGAUUAAAUCUAGAGGAAAGUCCCAAAGUAAACACUUAAAUGUUCAACUGGUGGCAGCUGAUAAACUUGCACAAUGUCCCCCUGAAAUGUUUGAUGUUAUACUGGAUGAAAACCAGCUGGAGGAUGCGUGUGAACAUCUGGGAGAAUACCUUGAGGCCUACUGGCGUGCCACUCACACGACCAGUAGCACCCCCAUGACCCCACUGCUUGGAAGGAAUUUGGGCUCAACAGCACUCUCACCAUAUCCCACAGCAAUUUCUGGGUUACAGAGUCAGCGUAUGAGGUACAGCAACCACUCCACAGAGAACUCUCCAAUUGAAAGGCGAAGUCUAAUGACCUCUGAUGAAAAUUAUCACAAUGAAAGGGCUCGGAAGAGUAGGAACCGCUUGUCUUCCAGUUCCCAGCAUAGCCGAGAUCAUUACCCUCUCGUGGAAGAAGAUUACCCUGACUCAUACCAGGACACUUACAAACCUCAUAGGAACCGAGGAUCGCCUGGGGGAUAUAGCCAUGACUCUCGACAUAGGCUUUGAGUCUGCAGAAACAAGCAAAAUAUUCAACUGUUGACAAUUUGCCAUUGCACUGCUAGGAUACAACCAAUCAUCUUAACUCGGCAACUACAGCACAGUAUUGACUGUGCUUAUGGGCUGCUGUCAUUGAUGCUAAGAAGGGGCAAAAAGAAAAAAAAAAAAAGUGUACAUUAUGCCCUUAAGUCUAGAUGGAUAUUAGAUGCCCAAUCAUAGAGAUAUUUUUAAGUGCAACAUUUACAUAACAGUACCUUUUGUUUUCUUCAUUAGGUUUAGACACAUCAAUUUGUAAUUUA